CUUGAGCCACCGGAGGGAACAGCCGCAUCGAAUCCGAUAGAGCCGCGUGCAGGUAAUCCAGCCCCUUCAAUUCUUCGUACCCGAAUUUGGUCCUCUUUCCGAGCUCCGACGACGCGAGGGCAGUUGAUAGUUCGAAGGCGAAAAACAGAGGCACAAAUUUCUCAGAGACAUAGUCAUCAGUUUCGUCCUCGCAGGGAAGGACACCACUUCCACAGCCCUCACUUGGUUCUUCUGGCUCGUCGCCCGGAACCCACGUGUCGCAAACCUUAUCCGCAGCAAACCCUCCAUCAAUAAACCAGACGAAGAACAAGGGGAGCAGCUGAAAAAUACCAAGAGGGACAAGAUUGAUAAGAAAGGAAGAGAAAGAAAUGAAGCUUAUAUGGUCCCCUGAAUUGACUACCAAAGCCUAUCUCGAUACUGUCAAAGCAUGUGGGGUUAGCCAGGAAUCCGGCGUAGCAGAGCUGGUUUCGGCUAUGGCGGCCGGCUGGAAUGCCAAAUUCAUGGUGGAGACAUGGUCUCGCGGCGGGCCACUAGCGACCAGCAUCGGCCUCGCCGUCGCCAGCCGUCACUCCGGCGGGCGGAACGUGUGCGUGGUCCCCGACGAGAAUUCCAGAUCGGAGUAUUUGCAAGCACUGCGUCAGGCUAGCGGUGGGAAUUCGAUUAAUAUUCUGCCGGCGGCCAAUCAGGUGGUGGUGGGGGAACCGGAAGAGGUGAUGCAAGGGCUGGAGGGGAUCGAUUUCCUUGUGGUAGAUUCGCGGCGGAAGGACUUCGCCAGGGUGCUGAGAGCGGCGAAGCUUAGCGCCAGGGGAGCGGUGCUGGUGUGUAAGAACGCUAGUUCGAAGCAGGCGGCGAGCUUUCGGUGGAGGAGGUAAGUUUUAUUUUUAUUUUUAUUUUUUAAUAGUUGUAAAAUGAGGUGGAAAUUGUAAAUAUUUAUAUUUUAUUAUUUUAUUAUUGGCCACGUCACUCAUUUAACGGUCAACUAUAAUAGUUGACUGCCACAUCAGCAAAAACUAACGGAGACUAACGGAGAGUGACCAAACUUGAACUAUUGAACUAAUCUUAGUGACCAUGAAUGGAAUUAAAUAUUUGCAGUGACCAAACAUGAACGGUUUUAGUAAACCCAGUGACCAUCCUUGCAAUUAACCCUUUCUAAGUGGGAGAAUAUGAACUAAUUUCUCACUCCUGCUUAUUACUAUCACACUUUCACUUCCUUUGUGUUCCACGAGGAAUUUCAAUAUUCGGGUACAAUAGGUGCAAAUGAGCCAAGCUAUGAAUCGCUCGAUUCGGGAAAUUGUUUGAAACUCUGCUCGUUUUUCAAUGAACCAAAUUUGAGUUAAGAAUUGUUCAGCUCAUGAGACUCGCGAGCCAACUCGAUUCAGUGGCUCGUAUAUCUAAACUCGUAAGCUUGAUCAACAUUGUUACAAGCGAGUAAUCUCGAAUAAAAGGUUAUAAGUACU